GCCGCUCCGCCAGCCAUCGGCGCCUCCGGAGCCGAAGCGGGGCUGGGCUGGGCUCUUCAAGGCUAUUCGGUAACAGCCUCAGCCAUAAAUGAUUAACUGCGAGCCGGCUGUCGCCGAGCGUGGCCGCCCGUGCCCGGCGCGCUGAGCCGGCGGAGCGGUCGGUCCCGAACCGCCGCCGGGGGCUCCGGCGGGGCUGGGAACGGCGCUGCCACACCGCAAGGAGAUACAGUCUUUUGGAGAAGACAGAAAAAUAGGAAGAGAAACUGGAGUAAUUUGCAGUGAGACACUACUCUCCUCUGAAUAAAGAUGGCAGAAAUCAAUUCUCAUGUAAAUAUCAAGGAAAAGAUCAAUGCAAUCCGAUCAAUUGUUCCGAACAAAAGCAAUAAUGAGAUAGUUCUGGUGUUGCAGCAAUUUGAUAACAAUGUAGACAAGGCUGUUCAAGCUUUCAUGGAUGGCAGCGCAACUCAGGUUCUAAAGGAAUGGAAUAUGACAGGGAAAAAGAAGAACAAUAGGAGAAAAAGAAGCAAAUCUAAACAGCACCAAGGCAAUAAAGAUCCUAAAAACAAGAAUAGUGGACCUGAGAAGGCAUCUCAAGAGCCUCAGCAAAUAAAUGUCUGUCAUAUGAAUGGAUGCCCUAAGGACAACUCUGGCCGUGGUUCUGCCAAUCAGAAACUGGAAACCACUUCUCCUGAGAACAAAGGCUCUGGAUUUGCAGGGUCAGCACUGGACUGUCCAGAAAUCAAAGACAGAGAACGAGAACGCCAGAGAGUAUCUGUGGAAUCAAGCCCAAAGACUGUGAAUGGAGUAGAACAGCACGAGCCCCUUCAGUCGCCAGUUCAACUCCAGUGUAACCCAGGCAGGCCAAAGUCAAAAUCUUCCUCAGUUAAAUCACCCAGUGUGUCAACCCAACCUGAAACAAAGACAGAUGAUUCAGUCAAAAAAAGAGGGCCAAACAUUGAAAAGUCUGUAAAAGACUUGCAGCGUUGCACUGUUUCUCUAACCAGAUAUCGUGUGAUGAUCAAAGAGGAAGUGGAUAAUUCAGUCAAGAAGAUCAAAGCUGCUUUUGCAGAAUUACACAGCUGCAUCGUAGACAAAGAAGUGUCAUUAAUGGCAGAAAUUGAUAAAGUUAAAGAAGAAGCCAUGGAAAUCCUGACUGCUCGGCAGAAGAAAGCAGAGGAGCUGAAGAGACUGGCAGACCUAGCCAGUCAGAUGGCUGAAGCACAACUCUCUGAACUCAGGGCUGAAAUUAAGCACUUUGUGAGUGAGCGGAAAUAUGAUGAAGAGCUGGGCAGGUCUGCCCGAUUUUCCUGUGAUACAGAGCAGCUGAAGACCCAGAUUCAGCUCUGUGGAGAAAUUUCUCACCCAAAGAACAACUAUUCCUCAAGAACACCAUGUAGUUUACUGCUGUCUUCAGUGACCUCACAUGCAACAACUGGCAAGCAAAAUACGCACAACCGAAAGUCCUCUAGUAAUGCCAAGAACUCUGAUAAUAAAACAGCCAGCAGUAAAGUACAAAGUCAUCCUUCUUCCAAUCCUACAGAAUCUUCCUCUCAAGGAGUCCCAACAAAUAAGCAGAAUGGGCCUUCUAGCCAGAGACGGAGAUUCAACUCACAGCACCAAAACAUGCGGCUCAAUGGAUCUCAUAAGUCACAAGGUGCCAGUAAUGAGGCAGAUCAAAAUACCAAGAGUGGUUCCAGGCCUGAACACAGAAGACAGCAGCAUAACAGCUUUCGAUCUAAAAAUAAAGGAGCUCUGAAAAAUCAAGAGCAGUCUACAACUGCAAGGACCACAGAGAAUGCGACGCAUUCGGAGAAGUCCCGACGGAAGCACCACACACCGGACACCGCAGAGCACAGGCCUUUCCAAGGCAGCGCUGGCAGGGCGUCACAAUGCAAUUUAUGUCCUGCAAGGAUGGAGGUCUCUGCUGAUGCCACUGUUCUUUCAGUGCCAGCUGUGACUUUGGUAGCUUAAAAUGUCACAGUGAUGGCAGGCAGAGAAAUUCAAUCUCUUCAUUUUAGUUUGUUGCUCGGAAAGCUUGUUGGUGAAGAAAAUAAGUCAGAACGUAGUCUUUUAAAUCUUUUGCUGCUUAAAACUUGUUGGUAUCUUUAUUACUACUAAUUAUCAAAAUUAAAUCAUACUUUCAAGGCUUUCCCCAA